UUUCAAGCAUUCGGAACCCUUAUAGCAAACUGGGACAAAAUCACACAAUUAAAACUUCUUACACCGCAAACGUUCGACGGGCUUUUACUGACUGCCUUACUACCAGGACUAUACUUCUUUUUUCCAACAGGACAUUGACGAAAUGGACUGUGAACGCUGCGCUCUCCAACAAAUAUUCAUGUUUUCCACUGUCCCUGCCUAGAAGACCAUCCUCUUGAAGACUAGCUCCAUUUGUGUGAUUUUUUUGCAGCAGCAGAUCCUUUCGGAUGUUAUAAGGCUCCGGAGCGCUGUAUAUGGAAGUUGUGGGGUGCAAGGCACAAGAAAGCAGUUGCACAUUGCGUCCCGCAGCCAUGCUUUUCCACGGCAUCUCCGGGGAUCAUAUACAAGGGAUCAUGGAGGAGAUGGAAAGGAGAUCUAAAACGGAGUCUCGUUUGGCUAAAACGGUCCAAAUGAACGGGAGAGAGACGAGUAUGCCCUCCAUGAGUCCAGAGAAACCUGCCUUGUGCGCCGGCUGUGGCGGCAAAAUCUCCGACAGAUACUACUUACUAGCAGUUGACAAACAGUGGCACCUAAGGUGUCUCAAGUGUUGUGAAUGUAAACUGGCCCUGGAGUCGGAGCUGACGUGUUUCGCAAAGGAUGGCAGCAUUUACUGCAAAGAGGAUUACUACAGAAGGUUCUCCGUGCAGAGAUGUGCCCGCUGCCACCUUGGGAUCUCGGCCUCGGAAAUGGUGAUGCGCGCCAGGGACUCCGUGUACCAUUUGAGCUGCUUCACGUGCACCUCAUGCAACAAAACCUUGACCACGGGUGACCAUUUUGGCAUGAAAGAUAACUUGGUGUACUGCCGGGUUCACUUCGAAACCCUCAUCCAGGGAGAAUACCACCCCCAGUUAAACUACGCUGAAUUAGCAGCCAAAGGCGGAGGUCUAGCGUUGCCCUACUUCAAUGGCACCGGCACGGUGCAGAAAGGGAGACCUCGGAAACGGAAGAGCCCGGCCAUGGGGAUAGAGAUCACCAGUUACAACUCAGGUUGUAACGAGAACGAAGCGGACCACUUGGAUCGGGACCAGCAGCCCUACCCGCCCUCGCAGAAGACCAAGCGCAUGCGUACGUCCUUCAAACACCACCAGCUCCGCACCAUGAAGUCUUACUUUGCCAUCAACCACAACCCCGACGCCAAGGACUUAAAACAGCUUGCUCAGAAGACGGGCCUCACCAAAAGAGUUCUGCAGGUUUGGUUCCAAAACGCACGGGCCAAAUUCAGAAGGAACGUUUUGCGGCAGGAGAAUGGGGGUGUUGAUAAGGCUGACGGCACGUCACUCCCUCCACCCUCCUCCGACAGCGGUGCUCUGACGCCGCCCAGCACCGCCACCACACUAACAGACCUGACCAAUCCCUCUAUCACCGUAGUAACAUCAGUGACCUCUAGUUUGGACAGCCACGAAUCCGGGAGUCCCCCGCAAACUACCUUGACAAACCUUUUCUAACACAAAUUUGUUUUUGUCCUUUUUUUCCCCUUCGAAAUUUGAUUUUUUUUUUUUUAUGUUCACAAAACACCCUUAAGCAACCAGAGACAAACCCUUUGAAGAUGAAGUGCUAAAAAAUGAAAGAGGAAACCUUAAUGUGUAGCACUCGCAACCACUUGGCAGCUGAGCUUAUACGUACUUUAUUUUUUUUAUGCACAGCUUAUAGGCCUACUGUUGGUAUAUUUUAACAAGUAAGAUGUGGCAGAGGAAAAUAUUUUUUAAUAUGCUUAAAUCACAAAUUUCUUGUUCUGUUUAACUGCAAAAUAAAUUCGACAUUAGCAUCAGUUAUUAAUGAUCUGCAUUUUAUUUCCAAAUGCAUUUUGUUUCCAGUGAUUGUAGCUUAUGACAGACACAUACAUUUCCAUAGCCAUUUACUUUACAACUCACAUGCCAGAUGGACACUUCAACCUGGAGAUAGCACUGAGUCCCCCACAGCUUUAAUUAGGGUGAAAGAGUAGAAUCUGUGCAGUGGUAACUGUUCAAAAUGUUAAGAUCUCCCUUUAUUGGCCUAGUGCAGAAAGGAAAUCAGUCCGCAUUCUUUGUACUCUGAUGAAUGGGCUCUAUUUAAAUUAAUUGUUUGUACAGAUAAGCACUUUUAACAAUUCUAACACGAUGUCUGCGUUCCAAUUGCCCAUAAAUUGUUAGUUAUACAGUUGCUCAGUGACAAUACAAUUGCCAGUGAAAAGUGCAUUAUGAUGGUGUUGCUCAGGGUGACAGUGAGAAAUGACAGAGUUAGGAGUGCUAAACAAGAGGAGUUUUUUUUUUGUGGUAAAGGAUGAGUUUAUAGAAUUGAUAAAAGAAAGAAAGAAAGAUAGAAAGCCCACCAGGGAAAGUUAG